AUGGCCUCCACAAAUGCGGCGGCUAAGCCGAUGCAGAAGAUUCUAGACCCUACCAAACUCGCCGGCUUGAAGAGUUUUGUACGAAAGCCGAUAAUUGACCCAAAAAAGCCAAUUCAAGGAAAAGUACGAGAGACAAAUUCCAAUGCGUUCAAGGAGUACGCAGCACGCGAAGCUGUGCGGUUGCAAAAGGCCCUUAAUUCGGCGCAGCACGGCAAACACAUCUUCGUCUACCACAAUGUUCGAACAAAACAGGUCGUGUACUCGCUGACACGGUAUUUGGAGGAAAACAACAUGCUGCGUCAAAUGGUUUUCCACGGCAAGAAGACUGUCCCCGCCCAGCUUCGCAGAGACAUGUGGGCACCAUUCUAUUCCGUCCAUUUUAGUGACCCCCGACUAGGCCUUCGCGCCUACCAGCUUCUUCGCGAGUUCUCCUUGCAGCGCCAGCUCUCUCCACCACAAGAAAUGAUAACCGUAACCAAAGAAUUCCUCGCCCUGAAGCGACCGAAGGAUCCUGCGCAAGCGGAGGAUUUCGACAAGAUGCAUAAUACAAGAAUCGGAGUGUCAAUGACGAAGAAGGAACGUGCCCGUACUCUGAUGGACCAGAAGGCCACCUCUGUUGCCGACAUUGCUGCCGUUCUGGCCAUCCAGGAAGAGGAUAUCGCGAAUGGCUUUUUGAGUGAGGAUCGCAAGCGCGGAAAGCUGACCCGCAAGGCGGCUAAGCGUCGUCGUGAUGCUGCAGCCUAUCAAGCCGUCAAGCACGAGGAGUAUGCCAAUCGGAUUGCUGCUCUGGAGGCUAAUUUGAGUGAGAAAUCUGGAGUGGAAGUCAAGAUUGGUACGAAGAGCGGCGAGUUCCCUGAGACUGCAGACUCCGUGAAACUUCUCUGGCGGGACAUUCACGACGCACACUUUGCCGAGAAGUGGCCUAUCAGCGCUGUGCACGGUGAACUAGAGAUCACUCGUGGCGACAUGAUUGGUAGCGAGAAGAAUUUCGUUGAGCAAUUCCCAGAAACUGAGGAGGAGCUUGAUGCCAAGAACAAGGAGUAA